CAACCUUGUCGCUCGUCCUGAUUAAAUUUUGUCUCCGUAUUAAAGAGGCGGAGAACAACCGGAAGAAGAAAAAAAGAAUAAAUAAAAAGAGCAGAGAGGAGGAAAUAAAAGAGGAUAUCAUGUGCCCGACAAAGCAAAAACACCGGGCCUCCGCCGUGGAAUCCGCCAGCCAAUACUCCAGAUCGGGUUCAACAGCUACUACUACUGCUACUACGACUACAGCAUCAUCAAUCCCCGAUUGGAUCGCUGAGUCAAUUAACGGUGGAUCCUUGCGGCAGGUAGACCUUGAUAAGGGAACCAACGGUUGGGCCUCACCCCCCGGUGAUCAUUUCUCUCUCCGUUCUAAAAACUACCUUACCAAACGACAAAAAUCGCCCGCCGGCGACUAUUUGCUCGUUCCCCUUGGUAUGGACUGGCUCAAGUCCAAUUCCAAGCUCGACAACGUACUCGCCCGUCCCGACAACCGUGUUUCUCACGCGCUCAGUAAAGCUCAAUCCCAAGGCAAAUCCAUGAAAAGCUUCAUUUUCGCCAUCAAUCUCCAGGUCCCAGGUAAAGAUCAUUAUAGCGCUGUUUUUUAUUUCGCCGCGGAGGAUCCUAUCCCUUCUGGUUCGUUGCUCUACCGGUUCAUCAAUGGCGACGAUGCCUUCAGGAACCAACGGUUCAAGAUCGUCAACAGGAUCGUCAAAGGACCGUGGAUCCUCAAAAAGGCAGUGGGCAAUUACGCGGCGUGCUUGCUAGGUAAAGCGUUAACGUGUAAUUAUCAUAGAGGAGCUAACUAUUUGGAAAUUGACGUGGAUAUCGCGAGCUCGGCAAUCGCUAACGCGAUUUUGCACCUCGCAUUGGGAUACGUGACGAGCGUAACAAUCGAUAUGGGAUUUGUGGUCGAAGGCCAGACCGAGAAUGAGUUGCCGGAGAAGUUGAUCGGCGCGGUCAGGGUUUGCCAGAUGGAGAUGUCGUCGGCCACUGUGAUUGACCCACUUACGCCACCGAUUCUGACAGCGGCGGCGCGUGGGAUGGGUUGUUCUAAGGUUAAUCACCAUAAGUCCGGUAAUGAAGAUGAUAAUCAGCUAUGAUGUGAUGGAGUCGUGAUGAAGAAGACAGAACCAGCUUUAGCCUUUAAGGUACGGGCGUACAGGCAGCCAGCCAGAAAGAGAAAACUAUGUGUUGUUGUUCUUGGGAUGUCAUGAUUCCUUCUUCUUCGUCUUGAUUCUGAACCCAAAUCCUAAUUUUUUUUCUUAAAAAAAACAUAAUUAUGACUUUUCACUUUUUGAUAUUUGGAAUCAUGGUGCCUCAAGUUUAACAAGAUCCGACAACUUCAUGUGUAACAAGACAGCGGCGUCGGAAUAUUUGGGAUGGCAGCAUUUGUCUUUCUUCUUUUUUUUUGUUCAGAUUGGUAAAAUAUUGUUUCUUUUGGCCCUGAAACAAAGGUUGGCCAAACUCAUAAUGACGUGGGGCUAAGAACCUUCAGUAAAGCAGAAAAUUGGAGUGUUUCAAACUAAAUCAGAUCAGCAUAGUUUGCACAAGUUGAUGCUUUUUACCUUAAUUUUCAUCCCAUAGCAUUGGAGGGUCUUUAGGUGACUCUCCUAACUGUUUUCUUUUGAUAUUAGUGCAAAAUUAUCCAUACUCGCAGUGCCAGUAAGGCAGAUUUUGGCACCAAAGUGAUGAUGUACAGAUCCACUUGCAUCACGAGAAUCCAGUAGACAGUUGGGGUAUGGAUAGCUAGAAGGACGGAUGAUUGAAACCAGACAACUGUUUUUGAAUUAUGCUCUUUUUGGUCUGUUUGUUUUUC